AUGGAAACCUGGCAGCCCUCGGCCAGCGGGGCCGGCGAGCGCGCGCGCCGCCGCCGCCUGCCGCCCGCGGCCCCCGACCGCCCCGCGCCGCGCGGGGGCGCGGACUCCGGCUGCGGCGCCUCCCCCACCCCGGCCCUCCCGCCCGCGUCUCCUGAGCUCCUCCCCUCCGCUCUCCGCCCCCCACCCGCCCCCGGUCCACGCUCUGCUGCGGGCUGUUCUCCCGGGUCUGGGCUCACAUCUCCCCUGCGCGCCUUUUGCCCCCCACCCCGCAGAUCCGCAGGCCUCUGGAGACCUUGGGUUGACGCCAGAGGCUACGGGGAGGAGGGGGCGAGGCACCACGCGGCGGAGGCGAUGCCGGAUGGCCCCGGGAUGACCGAAGCCGCAGGAAAGCUUUCCCAAUACAGACACCCAGUCAGACUAUUUUGGCCCAAAUCAAAGUGUUAUGAUUACUUAUAUCAAGAAGCAGAAGCUCUUCUGAAAAAUUUUCCAAUUCAAGCCACAAUUUCAUUUUAUGAAGAUUCUGAUAGUGAAGAUGAAAUUGAGGAGCUGAUCUGUGAAAAUUAAUCUGAUUAGUUACUUUUGAUGACAUUAAAAGCUUAUAGAAUUUAAAUUUAGUGUACAAAUGUAUCAUAAUCCUUUAAACUAAUUUAUUUGUAUAUAAAUUAUUAAUAAAAUGAAAUAUUUUGGAAU